GCCUCCUCUGCAGCCUCCUCCGCGCCCUCUGCAGCCUCCUCCCCUCCCUCUGCAGCCUCCUCCCCUCCCUCUGCAGCCUCCUCCGCUCCCUCCUCCCCUCCCUCUGCAGACUCCUCCCUACAGGAGAACCCUGAGCUAGAUGAGGCCCCCCUAAACCAAACCUUCACGGUGUCUAUGUCCUCUGCCCCACCCACCAGGGUUAGGUAUACUACCCUUGUCUUCAGUCCUGACAGAUCUGAAGGCCCUUCCACAGCAGGAGGGUUGAGCAGCCCAUCUCUGAGGUGUGCCGUCCCCAGUCAGAGGAUUUUCACAGCAGUACGCCCUGUGGUCAGUAUGGACAUGUCUUCAGACACAGAGAGGUCUGUCUACCGCUCCUCAGCAGCACAGAGUCCCUACAGAGCCAGACUGCUGAGCUGGGAAGGCCAGCGUGCAUCUCUUAACACUGUCCAUAGAAGCCUCAAAUCAGGCGUUGCUGGAUAUCAUCAGAGAAACAUGGUGACGGUGGAACCCAGAUCUUCCCCUGCGUUUUCCCCCUCUUUUCAGAGUCCUCUGUCACCCAGGAAGCUCCACCACCUAGACACCUGCAGUGCCUCCCAACUGAAAGUCCACUCAUCUCGAGUCACCCAUCAGGAGUCUACUGCUGGGGCAGCUCAGCCAAAGCUCCAGCGACACUAUUCCCUGGAUUCAUUCUCCCCAUCCAUCAGUCUAAGGAACUCCACUAAGCAGAUCGAUGAGGACUUCCAGAAGCUCUACCACAAGCUUGUCUGUCAGGGCAAAUCGGUCCCCUCCUGUCGCAUGUGUGAGAGGAGAGCAGAGACCACCAGAGGCCCCUCCUCCUCUGCUCUGGCUGCCCUGGCCCUGUCUCCUCACCACUCUGUCAUGAGGAAGCGUCGCAGGGAGCUGGUCCAGAAACAUUCCCCAGAGUCCAAACGCUUCAGAGACAACUCCUGCGUGUACUCACCAGGAUCUCUCCGCCAGAGGAGAGAAAUGAUCAGGUGCCAGAAUCGCUUAGACAGCCACUUGUCCUCCACCCAGAGGGACAUCUCCUGUGACUCCCACACCUGGAGCCCGUAUAGGGCCAGCCUGUCUCAGAUCCGCCACAGCCCCCAUCACCACUCGGACGCAGCAGUCAGGAAAGCUGCAGGCUCCUGGUCUGGCCUGCAUGUUGAUCAGCCCUCUCCUGCUUGUAGAGCGAAAUACAGAUUUGUUGGGAUUCAUCCAGGAAAGUCAUCUGUCAAGGCAGAGUGCCAAUGUGGCUGUUCGCCAAGUUUCUCUAGGAGACAGCUUCUGUAUAAAUGAUGUCGGCCUGCACCUCUAGAUGAUAUGACUGUUAAAUAUGUUGCUGUUUUAUAUAUCAGCUUUUAAAACAGUUCUGAUGUUCCAAUUACUAACUCGUUUGUUAAAUAUAAUAUAAUAAUAUAUGCCAUUUAGCAGACGCUUUUAUCCAAAGCGACUUACAGUCAUGUGUGCAUACAUUCUACGUAUGGGUGGUCCCGGGAAUCGAACCCACUACCCUGGCGUUACAAGCGCCAUGCUCUACCAACUGAGCUACAGAAGGACCACAAUGAACAGUGUUCCCACAAGGUCUUUAUGCCCCCGUGGGACAAUAGCUGGUUUUUUAAUGGAUAGAUGCAUAAAAUACAUACUAAAUUACUUUGUAAUAAAAUAAGUUGAAUUUCUUUUUUGGCUGUAUGGAUUUA